UCAGAGUCGCACGUUGAAUGAAAACCUGACUACGUUGUUUCUUCUGAAAUGUGAUCAUCUCUUGCAUUCCCAACGUCAGGCGAAGCAAAGACGGCAGAUCGUUUUGUAUACCAAAGGACAAAUCGCAACAUUCGCAGAGGAGAAGAAAGUAGAGGAAGGAGGAGGAGAAGGAGAUGUUCAGAGUUGCAGCGAGGAGGCUAUCUUCUCUCUGUUCCACGCACCCGUCGUGGAGGCCCAACCAGGCUGCCUCCGCUAUCUUGUCGUUGAAUCCGAUCAAUGGCAGUGAUUCUUCGUCGUUGGCUGACUUUAAUUCCAAACCCUUGAACGAUUACUUUGCUUUCCGGUCUCAUUUCCAUCUUCUUCACAAAGGUUUCUCUUCCGAGUCACUCACCCCUAGAAAUGAAGAUGGCAUUUCUUUGGAUGUGCCAGCAACAGAGGCAGCUGUUAAGAACCCCACUUCAAAGAUAGUUUAUGAUGAAUACAACCAUGAGCGUUUCCCUCCAGGUGACCCCAGCAAGCGGGCAUUUGCAUAUUUUGUCCUUACUGGUGGCCGGUUUGUCUAUGCUUCAGUGAUCCGUCUCCUUAUCCUCAAGUUUGUGCUGAGCAUGUCUGCUAGUAAGGAUGUUCUUGCACUGGCCUCUCUUGAGGUUGAUCUCUCAAGCAUUGAGCCAGGCGCCACUGUGACUGUUAAGUGGCGUGGAAAGCCAGUUUUCAUCAGGCGUCGAACAGAAGAAGAUGUGAAGGUGGCAAAUACUGUUGAGUUGGCAUCUCUUCGAGAUCCACAGCCAGAUUCAGAAAGGGUUAAGAAUCCAGAAUGGCUAAUUGUUGUAGGGGUCUGUACGCAUUUGGGUUGCAUCCCUUUGCCAAAUGCUGGUGAUUUUGGAGGGUGGUUUUGCCCUUGCCAUGGUUCGCAUUAUGAUAUCUCUGGUAGGAUCCGCAAGGGACCAGCACCAUACAAUCUGGAGGUGCCUACUUACACCUUUUUGGAUGAGAACAAGUUAUUGAUUGGCUGAGAUCUAUACUUUAAUCAAAGUUGGUUCGUUGGUAUAAUUUUAAUUUUUCUUUUUCAAAUUCAAUCAGAUAAUGUGGAAGCAUUGUUGCAUAUCUUGCUUUAUGCCCCCAGGUUAUUUGGGGCGUGUUUAUUUGUUUAGGGAUGCUAUUCAACUCGGAUGUUGUGUGGUCGGAGUUGCUUUUUGUUCUGAAUAAGUUGCCUUUUUUAAGCAUGACUGCUCUAAGAAACCUAAUGGUUAGGGGAUAGUGCUGUUAAAUUAUUUU